AAAAUUUCUUCAUGGAGUCCAUCAUAGGGUCAGUUCUUGGAAGGGUAGGGGAAUAUGUAGAUUGUCAGAAAAACUUCCAAAAUGAUGUGGAUGAUCUUAGAAAAAGAGUGGCAGAUCUAAAACGCAAAAGAAAUGAUAAAGUAGCAGAACUACAAAUAGUGGAUGAUUUGGAGAAACAGGUUAAAGAAGAAGUGCAAGGAUGGCUUGAAGAUGCAAGGAGGGUCACUGAAAUUGAAAUGCCAGAUAUUGAAGAAAAGGUGCAGAAUGUUUCAUACUUGUUGCGUGGUAGCCUUGGAAGAUGUGUUCGUCAAAAGAUUCAAGAGGUGAGGGAAAUUUAUGAUCGAGGUAGCUUCCCUGAAGGUCUUGUAAUUGAAAGGCCUCCGCCUAUUGGAAUCACUUUGCCAACAGAGAAUAUGGUGGGCGAGGUUGAUGUGAAGGAAAAAAUUUGGGAAUACCUGAGGAGUCGUGAAGUUGGAAUGAUUGGAGUUUGUGGAAUUGGUGGAGUCGGCAAAACCACUGUUAUGAAACACAUCCAUAAUGAAUUACUGAAAGAAUCUAUCGGGUUUACAAAGAUUAUCUGGGUCACAGUAUCACAGUCACUCAGUGUUGUAAAAUUACAAGGUGAUAUUGCUAGAGAAAUGAACAAAAGUCUUCCGAAAGGCAGGGAUGAAUUGAAGCGGGCAUCCAGAUUGAAGGACAUUAUGGAAACAGUGAAAUAUGCAUUGAUCUUAGAUGAUGUGUGGGAUAAAUUUGAUCUUCAAAGAGUUGGAAUACCAGAACCAACAACAGAAAAUGGGUGCAAAAUUGUUAUUACUAGUAGAUCAGUUGAUGUAUGCAACUUCUUGGGAUGUCAGAUAGUGAAGGUGCCUCCUCUUCCACAGGAAGAGUCUUUGAACUUGUUUUUAGAUAAGGUUGGACACGACAUUCUACUAAUUCCUAAUUUGGAAAAGAUUUUGAAGGAUAUGGUGGCAGAAUGCGCUGGUUUGCCAUUGGCCAUUGUCGUCAUUGCUGGGAGCAUGAAAGGUGUAACACUUAUUCGUCAGUGGAGAAGUGCAUUACGUCAAUUGCAUCAGUGUGUGUUGGAUACAGAGAAAGAUUCAGAAGAUCAGAUAUUUCAACGCUUGAAGUUCAGUUAUGACCGUCUACCAAAUUCAAGCAUCCAAGAAUGUUUAUUAUAUUGCUCAUUGUAUUCGGAAGAUUGGGUGUUUCAAAGAGAAGAUCUAAUUGAAGACUGGAUUUGUGCGGGACUUGUUGAAAAAUCAGGGAGCAGAAGAGAAAUGCAUGAUAGAGGACAUGAAAUUUUAAGUAAGCUUGAAAACAAUUGUCUGUUAGAGGAAGGCAGUGACGGAUAUGAAGACGGUGUUAAGAUGCAUGAUGUUGUGAGGGACAUGGCAUUGCGUGUUAAGAGCACCGGUCCAAGUAAGUUCAUGGUGAAAGCUAAAGUGAGAUUGACAGAGAUACCAGAGAAGGAUAAAUGGACUGAAGAUCUAGACAAGGUUUCCCUAAUGGAAAAUGAAAUAUCAUAUAUCCCUAUAAAUAUGUUCCCCAAAUGCUUGAUGCUCUCAACCUUAAUUUUGAAGCGUAACGUAAAAUUGAAGCAAAUUCCAGAGUGUUUUCUAGCAAACAUGCCCCUACUGAAGUUUCUUGAUCUUUCUUAUACUGGCAUUGAGGCUCUACCUAAUUCCAUAUGUAGCUUAAAAAAUCUUACAACACUGAUUCUCUGUGAAUGUCGGAGAUUAGAACGCAUGCCUUCCUUGUCAAAGCUUAAAGCACUGAAGAAGUUGGAAUUGGAUGGAGCAGGCCUUCGUGAGGCUCCUGAAGGCAUUGAAAUGUUAGAAAAUCUAGAAUAUCUUGAUUUAUCUGCUCCAAAGCUGAAGGUAAUACCAAGAGGAAAAAUCAGUAAGCUCUCUCGCCUCCAAUACCUACGUAAAAUUCCGAUUUUUUCAACUGAUAUAAGAGCAGAAGAAGUAGCAAGAUUGAACAUGCUGGAAUGUUUUGAUGGUAUAUUUGAUCAACUGAAGGACCUCAGCAGUUUUGUUAGCAAGUUGAAUCAUUUUGGAAGACCCAAUAAUUACUGGUUACGUGGGGGAGUGGACCAUGACGACGAAGGGGUGGUGGGGGGGUAUUUUGGGGAAUUCAACAACGAUGAUCCUUUCAGAAAGGUUGCUUUAUCCGACUGCAAGAUAGGAUAUGAAGAUGAGUUGGUGCUUCCAGAUGACCUUCGGACUUUGUGGAUUGAAGGCUGCAAUACGGUCGCUGAUAUUUCUAUUUUUCUGAGAAAUUUGACUCAAUUGCAAACAUAUGACUUGUACAGAUGCCAAGGGAUAGAGUGUGUGGUCUCCUCCUCGUCAUCUUCAUCUUCUUCCUUGACAGCUAUGAAUAACCUUGAAAAGCUAGGUCUUUACCAUUUGGUUAGCUUGCGGGACAUUGUGAAAGUAGAAAAAACAACAGCGUCGCUUGCACCGACAAUAUCCCCUCACAUCUUUUCCAAUCUUAAACUCCUGAUAGUAACGGAUUGUGGUCCAAACUUGAAGAAGCUGUUUCCAUGUGAGUUGCUGCAAGGUCAAGGCCUCCAAAACUUGGAGAAGAUUAUAGUCGAAGCUUGUGAGGGGAUGGAGGAAAUAAUAGGGUGGGAAGAAGAAGAGGUAGGAAAUCAAACAACUACUCCAAUAUUGAUCUCUCUUCCAAAAUUAAGGUUAUUGGGGUUGCAACACCUACCAAAAUUGAAGAGAAUCUACCCCGAAGGAGGAGUAAUGGCUUGUGAUUCUCUCAAUUCCAUUCAUAUAACCAACUGCCCUAAGGUCAAGAGGAUUCCAGUCUGUCUUGGAAGGGAAAACGGGCAACCAUCUCUUGCUGCUAUGAAAGAUAUCUCUAUUUAUAAUCCAAACAAAUGGUGGGAAUCGUUGGAGUGGGAGAAUCCUGACGAUGAGUAUGUCCUCCUACCUUUCAUCAAAUAUUCUGGCGACGGUGAUAACACUUGGGUAAAUAUUCAAUAUAGCUGUGUCGACCCGUAACAAUUAUUUAAUGGCAGUUUCUAAUGCCCAGCCCAUCUCAGCUCAGCGAGCAAGCUUUCCUGAGUCAUCCAUUCAAUAUCAAUCAGGCUGCAUAUCUACCAUCUCAUACCUAUUUCUUCAACUCAGCAACAUUUAUACCAAUGCAAGACAAAAACUGGGAUUCACAAAUCACACUCACAUGAAUGCAAUGCCAUCUCUGUUGUAAUUUGCUGUUUAGUGUUGUGGAUGAACUUCAUUUAAUUAGAGCUUUUUAUUGUUUCUUUAAAUAAUUUGUUUUACUUUGUUGUAAUAAGCUCUAAAACAGAUUUGACAAACUUUAUGUUUAAUGUAUGUGACUGUUUACUAUCACACUCAACAUCUUAAUUUCUUUAAUCACGUUAUUUUUCCAAUACUUACAUUUGCCAUAGCAGGCCAAAGGUAUGUAUGAAUUUCUCUCCUAUUUCAUCUAUCAAUUUAGUUAAACACUCCCGUGGCUAACUUGACCACCUGAGGGCUUGAGGGUCCCUCUGUGAAAGCCCUCCACUGCUGUCUUUCUCCUGCCUUCUAAUUUUCUCCAGCCAAGACAAAUCAUAUUUGGAAAUCAACUACUAUUAUUUUUCAAGUCCAAAAAAUUACGUGGCUUGAAAUUGAUUGUGCUUCCUUCCUUGCCAUCUGUCCCUACAUUGGAACUAUGUUUUUCCCUUAUCAGGGAUCCUAUUGAACCUGAAGCCAUCUGUGUUUGAUGACAAGAGAUAUACAUGUUGCAGCAGCCAACAGGGCGCAAAACUUUCUUUUAUAUUUAUACUGCUUCUCUGAAGCUGAGUCUUGGCCAUCCAAGCAGUACCUUGGCGUCUGGCUUAAUGGAGGUUAUGUGAAUGGAUAUAUGAGUUGGUAUAAUUGGCUUAUUCAUGUUUCUAAUACUCUUGAGUAUGACAUAAUUGUAUCACUAUCUUUUAGUUGUUAAAGGACCUAGCUGUCCAUCAACAGAGGAGCUGAAAAAAAGGACCUAGUUGUAUCGUGGAUAAUUCAUGAUUAUGCUCUCUGAAACUUUCUUUUA